GGUUAUUCUAUUCUAGGUAAUGAAGAACUUGUUAUUCUUAACUCUUGGGUUCAAGAAUUCCUAUAUAACUUAAGCGACACAAUAAAAGCUUUUUCUAUUCUUUUAUUAACUGAUUUAUGUAUAGGAUUCCAUUCGCCCCACGGUUGGGAAUUAAUGAUUGGCUCUGUCUACAAAGAUUUUGGAUUUGCUCAUAAUGAUCAAAUUAUAUCCGGUCUUGUUUCUACUUUUCCAGUCAUUUUAGAUACAAUUUUUAAAUAUUGGAUCUUUCGUUAUUUAAAUCGUGUAUCUCCUUCACUUGUGGUGAUUUAUCAUUCAAUGAAUGACUGAAAAAUUAUCGAACGGCCCAAUUAUAAUAUUUGUUACUUUGUACAUAAGCAAAACACUCAAAAUUGUACCUAUUCUUUCUACCCAGUAAAGGGGUUUCUCCAAUAUUUCAGAAAAAUUAUUUACAGUAAAUAUCAAAAUUAUAGAUAGGGAACUCUACUAGUGACCUACCUAAUUUUAUUGUAGAAAAUUUCGGGAUCAAUGAUUGGACCAUGCAAACUAAAAAAACCUUUUCGUCGAUAAAGAAAGAGAUUACUCGAUCCAUUUCCCUAUCGCUCAUCAUAUAUAUAAUAACUCAGGCACCCAUUUCAAAUGCCUAUCCCGUUUUUGCACAGCAGGGUUAUGAAAAUCCACGAGAAGCAACGGGCCGUAUUGUAUGUGCCAAUUGCCAUUUAGCUAAUAAACCCGUGGAUAUCGAGGUUCCACAAGCGGUACUUCCGGAUACUGUAUUUGAAGCAGUUGUUCGAAUUCCCUAUGAUCUGCAAGUGAAACAAGUUCUUGCUAAUGGUAAAAAAGGAGCUUUAAAUGUGGGGGCUGUUCUUAUUUUACCCGAGGGAUUUGAACUAGCCCCGCCCGAUCGUAUUUCGCCCGAGAUUAAAGAAAAGAUAGGAAAUCUGUCUUUUCAAAGUUACCGCCCUACUAAA